AUGGCCAAGAAGAACCUCACCUUAGUGACCGAAUUUCUCCUGGUGGCCUUCACAGAGCAUCCCGAACGGGCGCUCCCUCUCUUCUUCAUGUUUCUCUUUAUCUAUCUCAUCACCUUGCUGGGGAACCUGGGCAUGAUUAUCCUUAUCCGCCUGGACUGCCGGCUGCAGACCCCAAUGUACUUCUUUCUGAGUCACCUCUCCUUCAUGGACAUCUGCUACUCGUCUGUCACUGUGCCCCAGAUGAUGGCUGUGCUGCUGGAGCGCGGCGUGGCUCUAUCUUACACCCGCUGCGCGGCACAGUUCUUCCUCUUCACCUUCUUUGGCUCCAUCGACUGCUACCUCCUGGCCCUCAUGGCCUAUGACCGCUAUGUGGCCGUGGGUCAGCCCCUGCUCUAUGUCUCCAUCAUGACUCAGAAGGUCCGUUUGGGUUUCGUGGCUGGGGCUUACGUGGCUGGUUUCUUCAGUGCCUUGGUGCGGACGGUCUCGGCUUUCUCUCUCACUUUCUGUGGCACCAAUGAGAUUGACUUUAUUUUUUGUGACCUUCCUCCUCUUUUAAAGCUGACCUGUGGGGACAGCUAUACCCAGGAAAUGGUAAUUAUCGUGUUUGCCAUUUUUGUUAUUCCUGCCUGCAUGGUGGUAAUCUUGGUGUCCUACCUGUUUAUCAUCGUGGCCAUUUUGAGGAUCCCCUCAGCUGGGGGCCGGGCCAAGACCUUCUCCACCUGCGUCUCCCACCUCACUGCUGUAUCGCUCUUCUUUGGCACUCUCAUCUUCAUGUACCUGAGGGAUAACUCUGACCAGUCCUCACAGCAGGAUCGAGUGGUGUCUGUGUUCUACACAACAGUGAUCCCCAUGCUGAACCCCCUCAUCUACAGCCUGAGGAACAAGGAAGUGAAGGAGGCCCUGAGGAAAAUCCUCAGCAUAGCCAAGUUAUCCUGA